AUCAGCAUUCGACUCUACACAAUCCACUGACCACUGGUGUUCAACAUUUGUGGUCGCAAUUCAAACCCUCAUUCUUUGUUCAUCAUCAAUGGCAGCCGCUAGAGUGAUGGCAUCAACAACAAUCAUUGGCGCAUCAUCUUCCGCACUCUUUAAAGCCGCUGUUGCAUCUCCAUUCUUCAAGCCUCAAUCUGUAACCUUUCGCUUCAAUAACAGCCCCAAAUUAGCUCUAAAAAAGAGGGGUUUUGCCUGUUCAGCGCUUUACAAACCUGAUGUUCAGAUCAAGGAGGAAGGACUGCCUGAAACCCUAGAUUACAGAGUAUUUUUUGUUGAUGAUUCUGGCAAAAAGGUUUCACCAUGGCAUGAUAUACCGUUGCACACAGGUGAUGGAGCGUUUAACUUUAUCGUUGAAAUUCCUAAAGAGACGAGUGCAAAAAUGGAGGUUGCUACAGAUGAAAUAUACACACCCAUUAAGCAAGAUACCAAAAAAGGGAAACUUAGAUACUACCCUUACAAUAUUAACUGGAACUACGGAUUGCUACCACAAACAUGGGAAGAUCCAUCAUUGGCGAAUCCUGAAGUUGAUGGAGCAUUUGGAGACAAUGAUCCAGUUGAUGUCGUUGAAAUUGGUGAAAAGCGUGGGAAUGUGGGUCAACUCAUGAAGGUCAAACCCUUGGGUUGUUUAGCUAUGAUUGACGAGGGAGAACUUGACUGGAAGAUUAUUGCAAUUUCAUUGGAUGAUCCGAAGGCUUCACUUGUUAAUGAUGUCGAUGACGUUGAGAAGCAUUUUCCGGGUACUCUAACGGCAAUCAGAGACUGGUUCAGGGACUACAAGAUCCCUGACGGCAAGCCCGCCAACAACUUCAGUCUCGGAAACAAAGCAGCUAAUAAGGAUUACGCUCUAAAGGUGAUCACCGAGACAAACGAGUCAUGGGCUAAGCUUGUGAAAAGAACAACCCCAGCCGGGGAACUUUCACUUGUGUAGAUUCAAACUAAUAAGAUUGCCUCUGUAUUUUUCGAUUCAGAAUUUUUUUCUAGCAAGAGGUACAUUUUGUGCAUUGUUUACAUCAUCAUUUGUGUCGUAAAGGCAACUUGAAUAAUAAUUCUUUUCAAGUCUAGAGCUUUAUGAGAACUUA